UUGCGAAAUCAGAACCAGAAUACCCUAUGAUUUCCAGCUGAUCUGAUCUCUUGUAAGUGAGCAUUAAAUGUUUUGUUCUUUGUAGAUACUGCAAAACUCGUUUGUCUGCUUUCCAAUGAUCCAUACCUGAAUUACUCAAGUACCUUCCCAAUAUCCCAACUAUAUAUGUAAUGUCUGAACACAUACCCACCUGCAUAUACAUUAGACUCCCCGCUACAAAUGUAUAGGGAAUCCUCUACAUGUCCUCCUUUUCAAACUCAUUCUUGGGGUCUCAUUGGAGGGGAUAUAGCUUUUAUGGAGUGUUGGGGUUUGAAUAUGUUCAGUAAGUAGGGAGGGGGGAGGAGAGAAAGAAAAGAUGCUCUUUUGCUUUUCUAUGCUUUGAGACUUCAUAUAAACUCAUCACGUAACGGACAGACUUUUCCAGCAAUACAAGUCCCCCCUUCUUCUCUCCCUCUCCCUCCCCCAUGUGACCUCCACAUUCUCUCUCUCUCUCUCUCUCUCUCUCUCUCUCUAAAACAGAGCACAGUAAUGCCAGUGAAGCAAAUCUGAGUUAUCCCAGCAGACGCCCUUUGCUGAGUGGAGUGAGACCAGGAGAUCAGAUUUCGGAACAGUCGGUUGUUUCUCUGGGGGCAUUCAGGGUAAAGAGCAAAGGCCCUCUCUUUUCCUUAGUGAAUGUGAAGUUCUUGUCCUGUUUUUCUGAUGCUCGCAAAGGCCAUAGUGGAGAGGACGAGAUUGGCCAAAUCCUCCGCCGCCAAGAUGAAGGACUUCCCUUCUUGUUUUGGUGAGAGCGGAGUUCAGGUCGCCGACUCUUCUUCUUCCUCAUCCCCAUCAUCGAUUUCCCCGAAACAUGCCCAGAAUUUCGUCACCUCCGUCUACAAAUGUAAGUUGAGCUCUCACUCUUGCUUGAUCACUGUCACGUGGACGAAGGGCCUAAUGGGUCAAGGCCUCAGUGUUGCGAUCGAUGAUUCGACCCACCAGUCCCUCUGUAAGGUCGACAUCAAGCCAUGGCUGUUCUCCAAGAGGAAAGGGCACAGGAGUACCGAGGUUGUCGUGCAUUCCGGUCCCAGGACGGUCGAUGUGUACUGGGAUCUCUGUAACGCGAGGUUCGGGCCGGGCCCGGAGCCGGCGGAAGGGUUCUACCUCGCCAUCGCCUUCGACCGGGAGCUGGUCUUGCUCCUCGGGGACAUGAAGAAGGAGGCGUGCAGGAAGAUCGACGCGGAGCCUGCCGCCCCUUCUUUCAGUGCCGUCCUCGUCGGCAAGAGGGAGAACAUAUUCGGGAAGAAGUCGUAUGGGACCAGGGCACAGUUCCGAGACAAGGGCCGGGCCCACGACGUGGCGAUCGAGUGCGACACGGGCGGGCUCAGCGAUCCGUCCCUCGUGGUCCGUGUGGACGACAAGGUCGUUAUGCAAGUGAGACGGUUGAGGUGGAAGUUCCGGGGCAAUGGCACGAUCCACGUGGAUGGGAUGCCGGUCGAGGUUUACUGGGAUGUGCACAACUGGCUCUUUGGUAACUCUGCGGGGAAUGCGGUGUUUAUGUUCCACAGCAGCCUGUUGGGCGAGAAGUCGUGGACCGAGCAAUCGAUAUUUGAUCGGUCUAUGAUGGAUUGCUCGAAUUCAUACAGAGAACUCAAGGAGUCCAAGGUACCGGGCGUCGAUUUCUCAGUUAUAUUCUACGCGUGGAGGAGCGAAUAGUGCAGUUGGGAUAGUGCGCUUCUUUUUUCCUACUUCGGGUUUUCGUUCCGGGUUGUGAAAACGAACGCAAUUAAUACUUGUAGAAAUCGAGCUUUUUUUCAUAGAUGUGAGAUUGAAGAUAGGGUAAAUAUAUGUUCCUUCCAGUGAAUCGAAGAUCAAUGCUAUUGCUGGUUGAAAUGGUGUUUCAUAUAUUUAGUUUUGUUCCGGGUUUGGUAUCCUAAGUUAUCGUUGGAGGA